UGGAAAGGUUGCAGUGAUAACGUUCUUUACGGACAACGAGUUAGCCGUGAAUGGGCUGAUGCACCAUGGCGAAGAAAACCACGGAAUGGUCGUAAUGGGACCCGCAAUCAGGAUACGCAUACAGUUCGUUUGCUGUUUUAUUUGAGUUUUUCACCAAAUUGA